AUGUCCGGCUUCUUCCCUUCUCUAGAGAGCUUUGCAAAGGGCACCCUCGCAACAGCUGCAACGCUGUCCACAGUUGGCGUUGGCCUUGUCUACUACGGCCAAAACUACCUGAUAUACCCAUCCGCCUUCCCGCCCGGGUCGAGGACAGAUGUUGCCGUGCCAUCCGACUUCGAACUACCCUAUGAGAACCUGGAGCUGAAGACGUCAGACGAUAUUUCACUGCGAUGUUAUCUGCUUCCUCAGAAGAAGGACUUGGGUCAUGCUGGAUAUCCUGUGGACACUACUCCCAACAUGACGGAGGAUGAGUUCAUUGCUAGCCGACCAACGGUGAUUAUGUUUCAUGGAAAUGGUGGAAACCUCGGUCAUCGAAUACCGCUUGCGGGCAUAUUCUACAAGCGAAUGCGUUGCAAUGUCCUGAUGGUGUCCUACAGAGGGUACGGCCACUCUGAAGGUUCUCCGUCAGAGAAAGGACUGCGGAUAGAUGCACAAACUGCACUUGACUACCUAACAACGCACCCGACCUUCAAGCAAACCCCAAUUAUACUCUACGGCCAGUCUAUUGGAGGCGCUGUCGCCAUUGACCUUGCCAGCAGCAAUCCGAUAAAGAUUGAAGCUCUCGUUCUCGAAAACACCUUCACUUCUCUUCCCGCUUUGGUACCACACGCCCUUCCAGUGCUUGGACCCUUCUCCUUCCUAUGCCACCAAAAAUGGACGUCAAUAGACAAAAUUCCCUCUAUUCCCGCGACGACGCCGAUUCUCAUGUUAAGUGGCAUGCGUGAUGAGAUCGUCCCGAAGGAACACAUGCGCGCGCUUUGGGAGGCUGUAGCGAAGAGGGGCGAGAAGAAGAAGGUUAAUGGCACAGAGUAUAAAGUCGGCCUGGAGAGGGCAAGGUUCAUGGAGUUUGAAUAUGGUGGACACAAUGACACUUGCACCCAACCGGGGUACUGGAGCUCGAUCGCUGAAUUCAUCGCAAGCCUUCGUGGAACACCUGAAGAGAAGAAGGCAGCCCUAUAG